ACACCCUACUGUCACCAUGGCCAACCGGGGACCAGCCUACGGGCUCAGCAGGGAGGUGCAGCAGAAGAUCGACCGGCAGUACGACCCCGAGCUGGAGCAGAUCCUCACCCAGUGGAUUGUGACGCAGUGCGAGGGGGCAGGCGUGCAGCAGCCCGGGCUGGGCAAGGAUAACUUCCAGCAGUGGCUAAAGGACGGCACUGUGCUGUGCAAGCUCAUCAACAGCCUCUACCCCAGGGGCCAGGCGCCAGUAGCCAAGAUCCAGCCUUCAACCAUGGCCUUCAAGCAGAUGGAGCAGAUCUCCCAGUUCCUGCAGGCAGCGGAGCACUAUGGCAUAGCUGCUACUGACAUCUUCCAGACUGUGGACCUCUGGGAAGGGAAGAACAUGGCCUGCGUGCAGAGGACCCUGAUGAACCUAGGCAGCCUGGCUGUCACCAAGGAGGACGGGCUCUUCCUUGGAGACCCCAACUGGUUCCCCAAGAAAUCCCAGGAGAACCGCCGCGCCUUCUCGGAUCACAAAAUGAAGGAGGGCCAGAAUGUGAUCGGGCUGCAGAUGGGCACCAACCGGGGUGCCUCGCAGGCAGGCAUGACGGGCUAUGGGAUGCCACGCCAGAUCCUCUGAUCAGCCCAUGCUGCUUUGCUGCCUCCAUCUUCAGCAUCAUUAUCAUCUUCCUCCUCCUCCUCUUUCCCCACCACCCUCUCCUCCUCCUCCUCCCCCUGCCCAGGGCUUUACCUCUGUCUGCAGUCUAGAACAACCCAGUGACUUUCCUGACCGUUCCCCUGUGAGACGAUACCUCCCCCUCCAUCUAGAGGGGAAGGAAGGGCCUCUGCCCUGAGUUCCCCUGCCCCUCUGUGCAGCCUGGAGCCUGUCUCCUCCACCCAGGGGGGUCACAGGCAGCACAUGCUGCUGGAGACAGGAUCCAGACACCCUCCCAAAUUGUCCUUGGCCUGCAAAGACCUGAGCUUCCACAUGGACCAAACCCUCUAGACUGAUACUGGGACCAACUGAGGCUGCCCCACCCUGAUCCCGGUCUUCGAAGCUACGUGCCAAAGCCAUCUCUGCUAGGCAGCUUCUCCUUGCCCUGGCUUGGGGCUCUACUUGUUUGCUGAAGCACCAAAGCCACCACUCUCUCCCAUUCCAGGCACAGGGCAGCCGCACUGCCGGGAUGUCCCGACCCUAGGACCAAACCUCUUGUGGGCUCUUCCCAGUUGUUCUCAUACUGGGGCAGCCAGUGACUAUCUGGCCAGGUGCUCCCUGCUUUUCCUGUACUAGGCAACUACAAUGGUGCCUUCUGCUUUGGGUGUUGGCGCAGUCCUGCCAGCCAGGUGCUGGGGGUGACAUCUGCUCUUCUCCAAAGGAUGUAGCCUUAAGGGCUUGGAAGAGUCACACUGAUGUCUCCUGGUUCCUUCCAACCCCACGGGGUCAGAGCAGCUGUGGGCUGCUUGCGGGCAAAGCCAUGUAUUCUCCGUGCAUGGCUGGGUAGUCUGGUGCUGUAGCAGGGCUGCCUCCCCAGCCCCCCACUACAGCUUCCUGGGUGCCUUAUUAUUCAGCCUCAACCCUGGUGCCUUAGCAGUUCCCCCGGGGAGCUGUCACCUCCCAGCUAGCAGCCAUGCCCAGGGGCUGGGCUUGCUCUAUGGGGUUGCCCCAGCCCGGAGCCAUCACCUCUGCUGAUUGCUGUACCUGUGGUGUUCUGCUGUGGGAUGUGUUCCCAGGUCCCCAACAAGAAUAAAGAUCGCCCAAGCCUUGUUUAUA